UUAACAGUAUUAAAUCACCUAAUAACAUUUUAAGUUUUUACUUAUAAUUCAUAAUAAUAAUGAUUUAAAACAGAAUUACUAACCUUGGCUUUAACAUUAUAAAUGUAUAAUCAUGUUAACCAGCAACCUUCUCAUUCUGUAGUUUGUAAAUUAAAUUAAUGUGUUUGGGAUACAAUAAUGGCUAGCGGUCCUAACUCCAUUGCUGUACCUCCUUGCAGUGACAUGGAUAAGAGAAAAUCUCCUCAAUUAAGUUUUAAAAGGAGAACAGUUGUAGCUAACUCAGAUUCAGAUGCUAGUGUAGACAGUAAUACACCUUCAGUCGAAUCUAAAGAAGAUGGAUUUGUAUAUCAAAAAAGAAAACUUGAACGAGAACUAGGUUCAAAAAAAGUAAUUCGUCGAGGCACGGAAUGGGAGAUAGUUGAAGGCCUAAAAGAUGGACAAAGAUAUGAUAAAAAACCAGAACUCUUUAGAGGUUAUUUGCAUAAAAAACGAAAAUGGCCCCUUAAAGGAUGGCAUAAGCGUUAUUUUGUAUUAGACAAAGGAAUUUUAAAAUAUGGAAAAAAUCCAUUAGAUAUGUCAAGAGGCAAAAUCCAUGGUCAAGUUGAUAUUGGAUUAUCAGUUAUAUCUACUAAAUACCAACGAAAACGAUUAGACAUUGAUGCUGAAGAAUUUAUUUAUCAUUUAAAAGCGAAAACAUUUGAAGCUUUUACCGAGUGGGUGAAAGAAAUAAAACAGCAUCGCCUAUAUAGACAACAUGUCUUAACUUUUGGUCAGACAAAACAAACGCAAUCGCCUUUACAAAAAAAAACAUCUUUAAUGUCUCCUGUUGAAUCCAUUAAAAAUUGUACCCUAAAUUCACGUUUAAAUGGUUGGUGUUCACAAUUGGAUCCAGCAACUUCAGAACUUAAACAAGUUGAACAAAAUUUAAAAUCAUUAAAUCGUAUACUUGAUCAAUUAGAAUCAGUUGAUAAUGAUGUUGGUGCAAUGGAUGGAAUUCCUGUUACAAAAAAGAGUACUAGGUUCCGUUUACGUAAAAAAAAAAGUGGUGGCGGUAGUUGGGGUGGUACAAUUGCUGGAUGGGGUAUUGAUAUGAACCAAUCAACCAGUCAAUCAACAAAUAAAACAUUUGUCGAUGUUACAGAUUCAUCUAGUUUUCCAACUGGAAUAACUACUCAGAAUUUAUCCAAUAGCAAUCCAUCAUUAACUGUUAAUCCAUCAGCUAGUGAUCUGCAACUUUAUACGGAUUUUGUUAUUCUAGCUAAAGAUAUUCAGAACAGUUUCAAGUUUAUAAUGGAAACAAUUAAUGAAGAACGGAAUCAUAUACUUGUUGGAGAAAGUAAUGAUGAUAAAUUAUCCAAUUAUCGAGUAGCUUUAAAUAAAGCAAUUCAACAAAACAGUGAACUUCGUGCUAAAUUAAAUAAUAUUCAUGUUACUUCUGACACAUCAAAUUUUCCGGAUCCUGUUUUAAGUUCAUCUUUAUCAUAUAGUUCUGGUGUAAGUGGAUCAGAAGUAUUUUUUGAUGCUGAAGAAUAUCAAGGUGGUAAAAUAAAUGAAACUGUAACAAAUGAAUUAGUUUCUGGUGAAGUAGUUGCUCAAACUUCAGAUACAUCUUCUGAAGGUGGAUCUCUUUCAUCUGAAGAUGGAUCAAUUUCUUCAGAAAAUAGUGAUGGUGCUACAUCCGAGUAUAAUAAUCCUCAAGAACCGUGCAUCACGAAAAUGUAGCCGUUGAAUUCAAAAGAGCAUGCGCCAUUUCAAGUUUUUUUUUUAUUCAACUUGUGGUGCGCUAUGAUGUAUCAAACGGACGAAAAAGCGUUCGAGUGUAAACAUAUCAUAUUAUAAAUACUUACUAUAGCACAAACAGUGCCGUAGUAAUACGAUAAUGGUUACCAUUGACUUUGAACUUAGUAUGAGGUUUAUGACGAUUACAUAUUAAAAUAGGAAUUAGAAGAUAAUCGUAAUAAUUACACCGUCACUAUCUACAAUAUUUUCUUGGAAAUACUCAAAUACGUAUAGGUACCCCCAUAAGAUAAUGUACAAUUGUAUUGACCAAAAAUAUACAUCUCAUAAGAAACUAUAUAAUUCUUCCCAAAAUGUUUGGGGGGAUUUAUCCCCCCCCCCCGUAUGUACGCCACUGUCA